GCCAAGCUAAUGGUAUCGCGGGGCGUGCAGCUGAUCAAAGCGCGGGGGAAGGAGGUGACGGAGCCCGUCGUGCGCGCGGCGACGGCGGGGAUGAAGGAGGCGGACACGUCGCAGACGGCGGUGCUGAACGACCUGUUCGCGCCGCUGUCGCGCAAGCGCGUGAAGGACCUCGGGCUGACGGAGGACGAGGAGGGGCGGUACGCCGCGCGUCUGAGCCGCGAGAUCGAGGCGAGCGGGGCGAUGGACAAGGUCGCGCAGGGAUGCUUCGAGCACUACGCGAGCUGCCACCGGCACGACGCGAACUUUGGGCGGUACCUCAAGGCGCACGAGUGGCUCGGGGCGUACGACGUGCUCGCGGGGGAGAUGCGCGCGGAGCGCGAGUACGCGCUGCUGGCGUACCUGCCGCACCUGCUCGCGGCGUUCUUCCCGCUGUUCCAGGAGCGCGGCGGGGGGCGCGUCGAGCGCGCCAAGGCGGACUACGAGAACUACCUGGUGACGAGGGCGAACGAGGAGAUCUACGCGGCGCUCGCGCGGGGGCUGCGGGGGGCGGGGGGCGGGUACCGGCACCUGGCGGGGGACGCGGUGCUGCGGCUGGAGGUGGCGCCGCUGCUGAUGCGCAUCGUGUCGCCGCCGCUGAAGCCGGUGAACCGGCAGAUCAUCCGGCCGGGGGAGCGCGCGGUGCUGGGGCGGGUGGUGGAUAUUAUGGUCGCGCUGGAGCUGCGGUUCGUGCAGGAGAAGAUGGAGGACGGGCAGUUGACGUACCGGCUCGAUCCGCCGAUCGACGUGUUUGUGACGUACGACGGGAAGCGUGCGGUGGACAUUGCGGUGUCGAAGUAUGCUGUGAGGCAGCUGGUGGCGACUGAGAUCGACGCACGGCUGGUGUCUGUGCAGACGGAGACGGGGGACAAGGGCCGGCCGGGGAAGGAGGGCUUUUUCCGCCAAGGGGCUAGUUCGCGCGGUGCGAAGGCCGCUGCAAAGCAUCCGGGCGAAGAUGGCGAGCCGCAGGCGAAGCGGGCGCGGGGGGACGGGGGUGUGCCCGCGGUGAAGGUCGCGGUGGACUUUUUCGGGCGACCGAUUGUACCGAAGGCAGACGCGGACAAGACUAGCCAGGAGAAGGUCAAGGAGGCGGAGGCGAAGAAGACGGCGGCGUACCGGGUGGCGUACCGGUUCAACGAGGGCAACUCUGCGGCUGUGCGGAAGCCGGUAAAGGUGGCUGCGUUUCUGUGA